UCCCGCGUUCUGCGUCGUGCUGGCACUAUUACUGGCCGGGUUUUAGAUUUGAGCCUGUAGCCGGGCGCCAUCUUUGACGCUGGCAGUUUUAGAUUUUUGCUGCUGUGAGGAGGGUGGACGGCAACAGCUAAGAGAGAAGAAAGACGUGGCAGCAGGCGGGAAUCAGAGAUAGUGUCAUCGGUUCGGAUUGAUGAACCCGUAACGAAGAGCACCCCCUAAACUCCCAUAAUCGGUGCGGAUUCCCAUGGGGAAGGUCCAUAUUGUUGACAUCUUCCAGGCCUUGGUUCUGGACCUUGAGAAGGAGGCUGUGGAACUAGUAAUAGCGAUGCUUUGUAGGGUAAAUGUGUGUAGGUAUGGAGGAGAGGGGAGGGAUCAAUGUAAAAGAAAUGGAAGUGGUUUAAAGUUCUUACUUCAGUUUUUGCUAUUCGUAUAGGGGUCAACUUGUGAGUUGACAGCCGUAAAACUUCAGUAUAAAAAUGUUAACUUUUAAUAGAAACGGUAAAUUGAAAAUGUUGCUUGUUAUCUUGUUUUAAAAUUUUAUUCCCAAAGAAUUUUUUUCAGCUACUUACAUUAAAAAAAAGUGCUUUUAGUCAGAAUUGAAAGGGCUCAACUAGCAUUUAAUGACCAGUAUGUGGAGUCUGAUUUAGCUUUCCAGAAUUGACUUUUUGGGUUGUAUUGUAAAAUCAGUGAUGAAUGUUGAGUGGUGCACAAUGUUUUUGUUUAAGUGAAAUUUCCUGAAAAUAAUUUCAGAAUUAAGACAGUUAUUUUAAUCGAUGUUACUAUUAUGAGGCAUCAUAAAAAUACAUAUUUUAAGAACUGAAGGCAUUUCAAGCAGGUGCAAAUCUUGAUGAAGCAGAAAGAACGUGAACCUGAGAUUUGAAACCUCUGGCUUCAGCUACUACUGACCAACUCAACUCUAUGACUGUGGGAAAGUGGGCCUCAGUUCAUUUUUCAGUAACGUGAGGAUGCUGGACUGUUCGAAUUUAGAAUUUAGAAAGUUGGAAGGGAUCUCAAUGCCCCCUCACAAAGAAUUUGGGAAUGUUCUCCACUGCUGUUAUUUUUCUUCCAAAAAUAAUCUGGCUUCAAAGUCAUUGGUCCGAAGGGAAUUUGACUCCCCAUAGAAAUUGGAAAAAAGGUAAUACAAAUAGAAAGUAAUAGCUGUAUUUGUACUUCAGUAAUAAACCCGUUAACAGAUUCUGGUACGAAUUUUGGAACCAAAAGGAGAAUGAGUGUAUGUACUUUAAGUGUACCAGUUUCUCCACUCUCUCCUGACAGAAGAUGCAGCACUUUUAGUGGUGCUGGAAUUCUGGGAUGCGUUUCCAUUAAUUCUAAUUCAGAUGAAGAGGAUGUGGUAGAGGGAAAGAUGGUGGCAGAAGGAGUGGAUAAAGAGGCAAAAUUGCCUGCUAAAAAGAAAAGAAAGAAGGGUUUGCGGAUUAAGGGGAAAAGACGCCGAAAAAAAUUGAUCCUUGCCAAAAAGUUUAGUAAGGAUUUAGGAUCUGAGAGGCCUGUUGCAGAUGCCUCUGCUUUGUUAGCCUCCAGUGCCCCUGAGCAGGAUGAAGAAAGUCUUUUUGAUGGCAAUAUAGAAAAACAGAUCUAUCUACCUAGUACCAGAGCCAAGACCUCCAUCGUGUGGCACUUCUUUCAUGUUGACCCCCAGUACACAUGGCGGGCUAUUUGUAAUCUGUGCGAAAAAAGUGUCAGCAGGGGUAAACCAGGCAGCCAUCUUGGUACGUCUACUCUUCAGAGACAUCUGCAGGCAAGGCAUUCACCUCACUGGACCAGGGCCAACAAGUUUGGAGUCACAAGUGGGGAGGAGGAUUUUACUUUGGAUGUAUCUUUAUCUCCCCCUUCCCCUGGAAGCAGUGGAAGCUUUGAAUAUAUUCCUACAGAUUCGUUAGAUGAUAAUAGAAUGGGUAAGAAAUGUGAUAAAUCAGCAUCUGAUGCCCUGAGGGCAGAAAGAGGGAGAUUUCUCAUCAAAAGUAACAUUGUAAAGCAUGCCUUAGUACCUGGAACCAGAGCCAAGACAUCUGCAGUUUGGAAUUUUUUUUACACUGAUCCUCAGCACAUCUCAAGAGCUGUGUGUAAUAUUUGUAAAAGAAGUGUGAGCCGGGGUAGGCCAGGUUCCCACUUGGGAACUUCAACACUUCAACGACACCUGCAGGCCACACAUCCCAUCCAUUGGGCUGUUGCCAACAAAGACAGUGGUGCUAUUGGAAAUGGAAUAGAUGAGACUGAGACUGAGAAUAGUGAUCUCUUGAAUGAUACUUUACAUGGAGAAAAGUCUACAGGCAGCCAAGAUUUAACAGCUGAGGACCUCAGUGACUCUGAUUCAGAUGAACCUCCUGUGUUAGAGGUUGAAAAUAGAUCUGAAAGUCCUAUUCCUGCUACAGAGCAAGACGAUCAGAUGCAUGCACAAGAGAGAGAGACAACAUUUUGUGAAAACUCAGCCUCUAAUCAAAUAAGUCGGGCAAUUAUUCAAAUGAUUGUAGAGGAUAUGCAUCCUUACAACUACUUCUCAACCCCAGCUUUUCAGAGAUUCCUGCAGAUUGUGGCUCCUGACUAUAGAUUGCCGUCAGAGACUUACUUUUUUACUAAGGCUGUACCUCAGUUAUAUGAUUGUGUCAGAGAAAAAAUUUUCUUAACUUUAGAGAAUGUUCAAAGCCAAAAGAUCCACUUGACUGUUGACAUAUGGACCCAUGACCCAUCCACUGACUAUUUCAUUGUGACUGUACACUGGGUGUCUUUGGAAACUGCAUCUUCUCCCAGUAAUGGCAGGAUCCCUGAUUUUAGAAAGUGGGCAGUGCUUUGUGUUACAGGUUUGGCCAAAGAUUGUUUGAUAACCAACAUUUUGCAAGAAUUAAAUGACCAAAUUGGUCUGUGGCUUUCUCCUAAUUUCCUUAUCCCUAGCUUCAUUGUUUCUGACAAUUCCUCUAAUGUGGUGCAUGCAAUCAAAGAUGGUGGUUUUACCCAUGUGCCAUGCUUCCUGCAGUGUUUAAAUAUUGUCAUUCAGGACUUUUUCUGUGAGCACAAAAGCAUCGAGAAUAUGUUAGUGGCCGCUAGGAAAACCUGUCACCAUUUUAGUCACUCAGUCAAGGCCCGUCAGAUACUACAAGAGUUCCAAAAUGAUCACCAGCUUCCAUGGAAGAAUUUGAAGCAGGAUGAAACUGGUCAUUGGGUUUCUACCUUUUAUAUGUUAAGAUGGCUCUUGGAGCAUUGCUACUCAGUUCACCAUAGUCUUGGUAGAGCCAGUGGAGUUGUACUCACCUCCCUUCAGUGGACUCUCAUGACAUAUGUUUGUGAUAUUCUUAAGCCAUUUGAGGAGGCCACCCAGAAAGUAAGUGUAAAGACCACAGGAUUGAAUCAGGUGCUACCCCUAAUCCAUCAUCUACUCCUUUCCCUUCAGAAACUCAGAGAAAAUUUUCAAGUCAGAGGUAUUACUCAAGCUCUCAAUCUGGUGGACAGUUUAUCUCUGAAACUUGAAACUGAUACCCUACUAAGUGCCAUGCUCAAGUCUAAGCCCUGUAUUUUGGCUACAUUGUUAGAUCCAUGCUUUAAGAACAGCUUGGAAGAUUUUUUUCCUCAUGGUGCGGAUUUAGAAACUUAUAAGCAGAUCCUUGCAGAAGAGGUUUGUAGUUACAUGGAAUCUUCCCCAGAGGCCUGCCACACUGCAACUACAGAAGCCUCUGGUUCCUCAGUUACAGUAGGAACCUAUUCAUUUACCUCAUCUAUAGAAGAAGGCACCUCCAAUUCAGGUUCCAUGGAUAGCUCAGCUGCAGACAGUGUUAUCUCUGGAAGCAAAAGCUUCAUGUUCCCUUCUGCUAUAGCAGUAGUGGAUGAGUACUUCAGAGAGAAAUAUUCAGAGCUCUCAGGAGGUAAUGACCCUUUGAUUUACUGGCAGAGGAAGGUGAGCAUAUGGCCAGCUUUGACCCAAGUUGCCGUUCAGUAUCUAAGUUGCCCCAUGUGUAGUUGGCAAUCUGAAUGUAUCUUUACUACAGAUAGCCACUUUCAUCCAAAGCAGAUCACAAGCCUGAACUUUGACAAUAUAGAACAAUUGAUGUUUCUGAAAAUGAACUUGAAAAAUGUUAACUAUGAUUAUUCUACAUUGGUUCUGAGUUGGGAUCCUGAAAAUAAGGUUGUUCAAAGCAGUGAAAAAGAAAUAUUACCUUAACUUCUUUUUCUUUUCUCUAUUUAAAGUGAGAAACUUUUUGCUGUUAUUGUAUCCUUAUUGGUAUAGUCAUUAUAUGUAAUCAUACUAAUUAAAAAAAAAGUGGGCCUGAUGGUGCAUACCUGUAGUCCCAGCCAUUUGGGAGGCUGAGGCAGGAGGAUUGCUUGAGCCCUAAAGUUUGAGACCAGCCUGGUCAAUAUAGCGAUAAUUUGUAUCAAAACAAAACCAAAUCUGGGGAAACCUAAAAACAAGGGCUGAAAAUUCCUCAGAAGCAAUAUACUAUUGAUAAAAUGAAAGUUUACUUUAAUGAUUUUACAGUUGUAAUUCAGUGUUACACUUGAAAAUUUUGAACAUGUUUACAUCAGUUGAGAAAGAAAAGACAUUUUAAUUUAAAAAAUACGGUGCAGCAUUGAAAGGCCUUCAGCUAUUUUUGGCUGGUAGAUUGAACUAGUAGUAACUGAUGUCAGAAUUUCCCCCAACACGGAAGCUUUGAUAACUCUGAAACCUAUAAAUUGAGGAAAAAAAAUACCAAUUUGGUAUUCCUUCCCCCUCUCCAUUUUUCUGUUUCUUUAAAAACCCUGAUGCUUGUCUAUAGCUUUGCAAGAAGAAAACCCACAAAAUUGUUUUUGGUACUGUAUUUGGAAAUUUCUGUUCACCUCCUCAUACUGGUCAGCUUUAUAAUUUCAAAUUACUGGGUGUGAUAGAGUUAACUUUAUAUUUAGGAUUAGAUCUUUAUAAAAGGGGAAUAUUAGAAAACAAUUAGGAAAAAACGUCUCUGAAUUGCAUUUUUUAACCUUUGUGAUAUAAAAACAAAACUAUAGGUGCUUUUGCAUAAUUUAUGGUUAACAUAAUAAAAAGUUUGCAAAAUUGGAAAAGAUUCAGUGGGAAUUGAAUCACAAACCCUGUAUGAGUAUGCUUUGAGAAACCCAGUGUGCAUUUCCCAAAGAAUAUUUUUCUAAUUUAAAAAGCCUACUUAAUGAUCCAUAGUAUUGUAUUCUGAACUGUGAAGUUUUUCUAGCCACUGUAUUUUUAACUAAAAGUAAGCAGUCAGUAUUUUCAUGUGUUAGGAAUCAUUGGUGAAAUGAGUGAACAGAUCUCAAUAAUCCUUAUACCUUUCCACUCUGAAAGUAUGUUUCUUUGAAUAGGCCAGAAAAUGAAGACUUUUAGUAAACAACUAUUUAAGGUUUCAGACUGAAUAACUAAUGUAAGAUCCCAAUUUUUCCUUUUUUUCAUUUUAGAUUUGGGGAUAUUCCCUGCCCAAAAAAUUCCUGGAAAAUUGACUAGUAUUAAGUGUGAGUAAAAGGUGUCCACUUUUUUUAAGUUUUGGUUUUAGAUGUGUCUUCGAUAGUAUUUGGGAAGAUUUAGCCUAGAAAUUAUGUAGUAUUUAUUACAUGAGAAUCAAAUUUGCUUUGUUACUGGCCUGUCUUCAAAAAUUUAGAAAACUUGUUUCUGUGUAUCAAAAUACUUUUUUUUUCUUUUUUUAAAUUCUUAAACAGUAAAUGUACCAUUGUGAAAUGAAAUUUCAGCUCCGAAAGUUUACCUUUUUAUUAACUGGAGUACAUGGGUAAUUACAGUCUUUAGCUAUCACUAUCAGUAGUAAAGAAUUUGGAUAUAGGCUGUAUAAGCAAGCCUUUGCAGGGCCAGUAUUAAUGCCAUGCCAGUAAUACUGUUGAUAUAAGAGAAGAAGGGAAAACUUCCCUUAGAAGCUUUCUGUUUUGACAGUACCAGUUCAGAAUGGCUAUAAUGUUGCUCUGCCUUCUACAGCUUGCUGCACCACUCUGUAGUUACUCUGUAACUAUACAUUUCUAUCUUUUUUGGUUAAACACUCCCUGAUAAUGCUGCUAUACAUACAUCCAUAUUAUGCACAUUGAUAUAUGUGUAAGGGAUUUUCCUUCAUGUUGUUUUGUGGGCUGGGCAAAUUGUAAUGUAACAUCAACUUCACAGUUCUCUGGUAUAAAAAUAAGUUCACUAUUUUAGUAAUGAACCCAAAUUUAAAGACUUUUAUAGUGUAUUUUAAAAGGGGAAACUUACCCAGAUGUUUUAUUUCUACACAUUUGUGUGUGCGUGUGCGUGUGUGUAUAAGCCAGUUAGUAUAUAUGUAUAUUAUAUACAUAAAACACUUUAUAUUUUUGCAUACAAGUAUGCUUUUAUUAUACACAUAAUAAAGAUGGGGGAAGGUUUCUGUUUUUUUCUUAAUAGGUGAAGAAAUCUUGAAGACCAGAAAUUGGAUCUUAUUGAAUUUUGGUGUUUUUUUUUUCUUUUUUCUUUUUUCUUUUUAAAUUAUAUUGUUCAGCUAU